CGGUUGCUAGGUGACUUGCGUCAUCGGUCCGCGCCGUUUUCCUCCCGCCCCUCUCUCUGGAGUGAGGCGAGAGCCCCGCACUGAGCGAGGGAGACAGCGAGCUGAGCUUGGGGCGCUACCGCCGCCGCCGCCGAGAGCGUGAGAGCGAGGGAGCAUCCGAGAGACCCAGCGCCCUUGCACUGGCCGCCGCCGAGACCUCCGCCUUAACCUGGGCCAGCGGGAGCCGCGGCCACCCCUCUUCUCCCCCCCUCGCCUUCCCGGCCGGCAGCGGCGGCUGCACACGCCGGAGCCCGAGCCCGAGCCGGAGCCGGCGGCUGGGGGGCAGGGAGGCGGCUACCUCGGGUCGGGACUAGUCGGCUGCUCCGCGGUGAGAGGACGCUGAGGAGGGGCCGGAGCUUCUGUCCAUUCCGGGGCGCGGGGCGAGGGACCCCCAAGGUGGAGGGAGGGGGUCCCAGCCACAGCGACACAUGCUGGAGCCGGGAGCGGGGGCGGCGCCGAGCGGAGCCGGCCGGGUCCCCCACCUCGCCGCCGCCUCGGCCACCCGCCCGGGGCCGUAGCAUCUUGCCCCGGAGUGUAUGAGCCGGGACCCCAAGCCCGGCAACCACCCCCCGACCGGGGGGGCGGGGACCCCGAUGUGAAGCGGAGGCCGGGGCGGCGGGGACAGCAGGACCGGCGCCGCCGUCCUUUCCUUCCCUGCCCCCUCCCCUCCGCCCCCUCGGGGGUCUUCUUUCUCGGCCAGUCGCCGGCCCCCCGGCUCCUCGGCAGGACUCCGGGAGGAGUUCUUAGAACCCCCUCCCCCGCCCCAGCCCCGAGGGCGGCGGGGCCGGGGGGGACCCGGGGGGCCGGCCGCAGCCUCCGCCCAGAAGAAACUUUUCAAAAACAAAAUCCGGAGCCUCCCAAACGUGACUGUCUGGGGAGAAGUGGCCCGGGACGGGCAGAAGACCCAGCCUGAAGAGACCCAGGAAGAGGAAAAGAGGAGGUAAGCGGGGCCGCCGCCUCGUCUGCUCCGGCGGCGCGGAAGAGACCCGGGUGGCCGCCGGCUUAGCGAUCCCAGCCCCGCUUCUUCCUCAGUAACGCGCCGGAGCCUGCCGCAGCUGUCGCCUGAGUCCCAAGGAGGAAGGGAAGCACCCCACUUUCUCAGCGCCCGGCUCGUCUCUAAAGUACAGGUUAAUUUCAGUUGACUUGUCUUCGGAUUUGCUGAUUAUUUCUUCUACCUGCUGAAUUCUGCUGUUGAACCCCUCCAGGAGUCUCAACAAGAUUUUUAAAAGGCUAUCAAAUAUUUGGAUUACUUCCUUAGGAUAGAUUGCCAGAAGUGGAGUGACUGGGUCAGAGGAAUGUGAAAACCUUUGCAUCUUCUGAUAGUCUAGCCAAGGUCCAAGAAGUAGCAAGCUGGCUUUUGGAAAUGAAUCAGGAACUGCUCUCUGUGGGCAGCAAAAGACGACGAACUGGAGGCUCUCUGAGAGGUAACCCUUCCUCAAGCCAGGCAGAUGAGGAGCAGAUGAAUCGCGUGGUGGAGGAGGAACAGCAGCAGCAGCUAAGACAACAAGAGGAGGAGCACACUGCAAGGAAUGGUGAAGUCGUUGGAGCAGAACCUAGACCUGGAGACCAAAGUGAUUCCCAGCAAGGACAAUUGGAAGAAAACAAUAACCGGUUUAUUUCAGUAGAUGAGGACUCCUCGGGAAACCAAGAGGAACAAGAGGAAGACGAAGAACAUGCUGGUGAACAAGAUGAGGAGGAUGAAGAGGAAGAGGAAAUGGACCAGGAGAGUGAUGAUUUUGAUCAGUCUGAUGACAGCAGCAGGGAAGAUGAACAUACACAUAGUAACAGUGUCACCAACUCUAGUAGUAUCGUGGACCUGCCUAUUCACCAGCUCUCCUCCCCGUUCUAUACAAAGACAACAAAAAUGAAAAGAAAGUUGGACCAUGGUUCUGAGGUCCGCUCUUUUUCUUUGGGAAAGAAACCUUGCAAAGUCUCAGAAUAUACAAGUACCGCUGGCCUCGUACCAUGUUCAGCAACACCGACAACUUUUGGAGACCUGAGAGCAGCCAAUGGCCAAGGGCAACAACGACGCCGAAUUACAUCUGUCCAACCACCUACAGGCCUCCAGGAGUGGCUGAAAAUGUUUCAGAGCUGGAGUGGACCAGAGAAAUUGCUUGCUUUAGAUGAACUUAUUGAUAGUUGUGAACCAACACAAGUAAAACAUAUGAUGCAAGUGAUAGAACCCCAGUUUCAGCGAGACUUCAUUUCCUUGCUCCCUAAAGAGCUUGCACUUUAUGUGCUUUCAUUCCUGGAACCCAAAGACCUGCUACAAGCGGCUCAGACGUGUCGCUACUGGAGAAUUUUGGCUGAAGACAACCUUCUCUGGAGAGAGAAAUGUAAAGAAGAGGGUAUUGAUGAACCAUUGCACAUCAAGAGAAGAAAAGUAAUAAAACCAGGUUUCAUACACAGUCCAUGGAAAAGUGCAUACAUCAGGCAGCACAGAAUUGAUACUAACUGGAGGCGAGGAGAACUCAAGUCUCCUAAGGUGCUGAAAGGACAUGAUGAUCAUGUGAUCACAUGCUUACAGUUUUGUGGUAACCGAAUAGUUAGUGGUUCUGAUGACAACACUUUAAAAGUUUGGUCAGCAGUCACAGGCAAAUGUCUGAGGACAUUAGUGGGACACACAGGUGGAGUAUGGUCAUCACAGAUGAGAGACAAUAUCAUUAUUAGUGGAUCUACAGAUCGGACUCUCAAAGUGUGGAAUGCGGAGACGGGAGAAUGUAUACACACCUUAUAUGGGCAUACUUCCACUGUACGUUGUAUGCAUCUCCAUGAAAAAAGAGUUGUUAGUGGUUCUCGAGAUGCCACCCUUAGGGUUUGGGAUAUUGAGACAGGCCAGUGUUUACAUGUUUUGAUGGGUCAUGUAGCAGCGGUCCGCUGCGUUCAAUAUGAUGGCAGAAGGGUUGUGAGUGGAGCGUAUGACUUUAUGGUGAAGGUGUGGGACCCGGAGACGGAGACCUGUCUGCACACACUGCAGGGGCACACCAACAGGGUCUACUCGUUACAGUUUGAUGGCAUCCAUGUGGUGAGUGGAUCUCUUGAUACAUCAAUCCGAGUUUGGGAUGUGGAGACAGGGAAUUGCAUUCACACGUUAACAGGACACCAGUCGUUAACAAGCGGCAUGGAACUCAAAGACAACAUUCUUGUCUCUGGGAAUGCAGAUUCUACAGUUAAAAUCUGGGAUAUCAAAACAGGACAGUGUUUACAAACAUUGCAAGGUCCCAACAAGCAUCAGAGUGCUGUGACCUGUUUACAGUUCAACAAGAACUUUGUAAUUACCAGCUCAGAUGAUGGAACUGUAAAACUAUGGGACUUGAAAACGGGUGAAUUUAUUCGCAACCUAGUCACAUUGGAGAGUGGGGGGAGCGGGGGAGUCGUGUGGCGGAUCAGAGCCUCAAACACAAAGCUGGUGUGUGCAGUCGGGAGUCGCAACGGGACGGAGGAAACCAAGCUGCUGGUGCUGGACUUUGAUGUGGACAUGAAGUGAGGAGCAGGAAAGGUGGCAUCGUCCCAACGUGAAGACGACAUACUCCCUGCCCUUCCCCCUGCAAAAGAAAAAAAGAGAAAAAAAGAAAAAAGAAAAGAAAAAGAAAAAAAAUCCCUUGUUCUCAGUGGUGCAGGAUGUUGGAUUGGGGCAACAGAGCGAAAAGACCUACAGACUCAGAAGAAGAAGAGGAAGCGAUGACAAACCGCAACUGACGAGAGAGGCGCCUGCCGGCUCAUCCCGGAAAAAGCUUCACUUUGGACUGAGGGCAGCUUUGCAAAACGAGACUUUCGAAAUCAAACCAGGUGCAAUUAUUUCUUUAUUUUCUUCUCCAGUGGUCGCUGGGCAGCGUUACUGCAGAGAUGUCGUCACAGAUUCUGCUAGCCUGUUCUUUUACCACUGAGACCUAGAAAGAAGCUGCAGUAACAUCCACACAGUACCGGUGGACUUUCUCACCAGAGAGCAUCUGCAACAAAAAGUCAUUUUUCUGGAGCGGAAAAGCUAAAAAGGAAAAAAAUUACUGUGAAUUGUUUUUGUACAGUUAUCAUGAAAAGCUUUUUUUUUUUUUUUUUUUUUUUUGCCAACCAUUGCCAAUGUCAAUCAAUCACAGUAUUAGCCUCUGUUCAUCUAUUCCUGUCGCUUCCACAUACACUCUGCAAUGCCUGUGUUGCUCAAAGGUGGCAAGUUGUCCUGGGUUCUGUGAGUCCCGAGAUGGAUUUAAUUCUUGAUGCUGGUGCUAGAAGUAGGUCUUCAAAUACGGGAUUGUGUCCCACCCCUGUACUGUACUCCCAGUGGCCAAACUUAUUUAUGCUGCUAAAUGAAAGAAAGAAAAAAAAAAAAGCAAAUUAUUUUUUUUUAUUUUUUUUCUGCUGUGACGUUUUAGUCCCAGACUGAAUUCCACAUUUGCUCUAGUUUGGUUACGGAAAAAAAAAGACUUUUUGCCACUGAAACUUGAACCAUCUGUGCCUCUAAGAGGCUGAGAAUGGGAGAGUUUCAGAAAAUAAAGAGUGAAGUUUGCCUGCAAGUAAAGAAUUGAGAGUGUGUGCAAAGCUUAUUUUCUUUUAUCUGGGCAAAAAUUAAAACACAUUCCUUGGAACAGAGCUGUUGCCGCCUGUUCUGCGGAGAAACUUUUCUUUUUGAGGGCUGUGGUGAAUGGAUGAACAUACAUAAUAAAACUGACAAAAUAUUUUAAAAAUAUAUAAAACACAAAGUUAAAAUAAAGUUGCUGGUCAGUCUUAGUGUUUUACAGUAUUUGGGGAAACAACUGUUACAGUUUUAUUGCUCUGAGUAACUGACAAAGCAGAAACUAUCCAGUUUUUGUAGUAAAGGCGUCACAUGCAAACAAGCAAAAUGAAUGAAAAAGUCAAAUGGUUUGCCUCAUUCUCCAAGAGCCACAACUCAAGCUGAACUGUGAAAGUGGUUUAACACUGUAUCCUAGGUGAUCUUUUUUUCCUCCUCCUGUUUAUUUUUUUUGUUUGUUUUAUUUAUAGUCUGAUUUAAAACAAUCAGAUUCAAGUUGGUUAAUUUUAGUUAUGUAACAACCUGACAUGAUGGAGGAAAACAACCUUUAAAGGGAUUGUGUCUAUGGUUUGAUUCACUUAGAAAUUUUAUUUUCUUAUAACU